CAUUACGACGGUGAUGUCUCUGAACUUGAAUUAACCUUCUCCUAUGACGAAGACUGCCUCGGCCAACUUGUUGUUCAUGAUCUAGUCCCUGGAGGGCGCUAUAUAACUGUCACCAAUGACCUCAAAAUAAGUUAUGUUCACCGAAUGGCCAUGUUCCGUAUGUACAAGCAGAUCCGCGCGCAAACAGCCAGCUUCAUUCGUGGAUUCUACUCAAUUAUUAAUCCUGACUGGCUUGCCAUGUUUUCACCAACAGAACUGCAGCAGCUCAUUUCAGGAGAGUCGGUCAAUUUUGAUUUGGAGGAUUUGAAACAACAUACUAAAUACUCCGGCGGAUUCUACAGCAACCACCGGGUAAUAACCUGGCUCUGGGAUAUUCUCAAACGCGACUUUUCUGACGAAGAACGAGGACUCUUUCUCAAGUUUGUUACAAGCUGCUCUAAGCCUCCCUUGCUUGGUUUCGCCUUUCUCGAACCCCCCUUCUGCAUUCGAUGCGUUCAAUACGUGAAUGAAGAUCAAGACAUGGGAGAUACACUAGGAUCUGUCAUGAAAGGAUUCUUCGGCUUUGGAAGUCGUCGCGGAAAUGAAGAACAAGCCCGGUUACCAUCAGCAUCUACUUGUUUCAACCUUCUAAAACUCCCCAAUUAUGCUUCCCGAAGCAUUCUUCGAGAUAAACUGCGUUACGCCAUCCAUUGCAAUGCUGGAUUUGAACUGUCUUAA